GUGUGUGAGUGUGUGUGUGUAUGUGUGUGUGUGUUAUUCAACUGAAGAAGAGGCUUCAUCAGCUAAAAAUACAGGAGAGGAGGAGGAGGAGGAGACUCUUAAAGGAGCAGCAGAGAGUGAAGAGAGAAAACACAUGAUGAUCAUCAGUUCAUUCAACAUCUGGGAGGGUCAGGAUGUGUGCCGUCUGUCCUCUAAUGGCACAGAACCCUGGAUCAACACCACAUCUCCUGGAGGUGCUGCUGCUGGAUCAGCCAAUCAGAUUUAGAGUUUGGAAUUCUGCACCAUAAUGUCUUGCUCUGAUUGGCUGUCUGGGACCAGAAGACGCCACAAAGACUCCAAGAAAACCACACCGGUCACCAUGAAGAUGGAUCCCAAGGGAUUUUACCUGUUCUGGAUAAAUCAGAGCAAGGAAACAGAGUUUCUGGACGUCGCCACCAUCAGGGACACAAGAGCCGGAAAAUAUGCCAAAGUCCCUAAACAUCCUAAAGUUCGUAACAUCUUCAACAUGGAUUUUCCUGACAGCCAUCAUCUGGCCAAAUCACUGACCAUCGACGGUCCUGACACCGUCAACCUCACCUACCACAACUUCUUUGCUGCAAAAGAAGUGGCCCAGAUGUGGGCUGACGACAUCCUUGCUAUAGCAUACAACACACUGAGAGCAAACGCCUGCAGACACACCUACCUGGAGAAAGUGUAUGUUCGCCUCUUAUUGCACACCAACAAAGAUGGAAAAAUCCCUGUUAAAAAUAUCUUUAAGAUGUUCCCUGCAGACAAGAAAAGAGUGGAAGCUGCUCUGGCAGCGGCAAACCUCCCAAAAGGAAAGUUUGACACCAUUAAGACAGAUGUGUUCACUGAAGCGGCGUUCAAGACCUUCAUGCUGAAUCUGUGCCCCAGACCUGAGAUCAAUGAAAUCUUCACAUCCUUCACCAAGGGAAAGGGUUUCAUGACGAAGGAGAUGCUGACGAAGUUCCUGAACGAGAAGCAGCGAGAUUCUCGCCUCAACGAGGAGUUGUUUCCGCUCGUGAGACCCGAGCAGGUGAAGAAUCUCAUUGAGAAAUACGAGCCCAGCUCAUCGAACGCCAGCCGCGGUCAGAUUUCUCCAGAAGGUUUGAUGUUUUAUCUGAUGGGAUCUGAAACGUCAGUGGUGAAGCUGGACAAACUGGCCCAGAGUCACGACAUGACCCAACCCCUCUCGCAUUACUUCGUCAAAUCCUCCCACAACACCUAUCUCACAGCCGGGCAGCUGACGGGCGUCUCCUCGCCGGAGAUGUACCGCCAGUGUCUCCUCGCCGGCUGCCGCUGUCUGGAGCUCGACUGCUGGAAGGGCAAACCGCCGGAUGAAGAGCCAAUCAUCACUCACGGCUUCACCAUGACAACUGAGAUCCUGUUCAAGGACGUGAUUGAAGCGAUCGCUGAGAGUGCCUUCAAAACGUCCAAGUAUCCUGUUGUGCUUUCAUUUGAGAACCAUGUUGAUUCAGUGAAGCAGCAGGAGAAGAUGGCCAACUACUGCAGAACGAUCUUUGGAGAUGCUCUGCUCGUUGAUUUACUGGACAAAUAUCCUCUGAAGCCGGGUCACCCGAUCCCGAGUCCGUCUGAGCUGAUGGGCAAAAUACUGAUCAAGAACAAGAAAAGCAGCGCUCCUCCGAGCAAACCAGAGCAGGCAAAGAAACCAUCUGUUCAAGAACAAGUGAAUGAAGCUACAGAUGCUUCUGAGUCCAACCAACCCGCUGAUCCAAACCAACCUGCUCCAGCCAACCCAGAAGGCAGCGAUCCUCCUGCCGCAACCGACGACCGUGAAGAACAUGACGACCAUGACGAACAGGACGAAGAGAAGAUGAAGAACUCUGAUGAGGGUACCGCUGGACAGGAAGUGACAGCAUACGAGGAGAUGUCCGCCCUGGUCAACUACGUACAGCCCAACAAAUUCAUCUCUUUUGAGAAUGCAGCCAAAAAAAACAAGAGUUUUGUCAUCUCUUCCUUCGUGGAAACCAAAGGAGAGAGUCUGAUCGCGAAGAACGCCGUGGACUGGGUCGAAUAUAAUAAGAGGCAGAUGAGUCGUAUUUACCCUAAAGGAACCCGUGUGGACUCUUCAAACUACAGUCCUCAGCCCUUCUGGAGCGCUGGCUGUCAGUUCGUGGCCCUCAACUACCAGACGAUGGAUUUCCCCAUGCAGCUGAACAUGGCUCUGUUCGAGUUUAACGGGAGGACGGGUUACAUCCUCAAACACGACGUGCUCCGCCGGAGCGACAAGAAGUUCGAUCCCUUCACUGACCGGAUCGACACCAUUAUCGCCAGCACUCUCACCAUUAAGAUUUACUCCGGUCAGUUCCUGUCGGAUAAGAACGUGAAGACCGGAGUGGAGGUCGAGCUCAUCGGUUUGCCGAAAGAUCCCAAACGCAAAUACCGCACCAAAUGGAGCACCACACCCAACGCCAUCAACCCGGAGUGGAACGAGGAGCCCUUCGUCUUUGAGAAGAUCCUGCUGCCGGAGAUGGCCUAUCUCAGGCUCGUGGUUCAGGAGGAGGGCGGAAAAUUCAUAGGUCACCGAAUCAUCCCUCUGGACGCUCUUCAGACAGGUUUCCAGCACAUUUGUUUGCGCAGUGAGAGCAACAUGCCGCUCACGCUGCCGUCUGUGUUUGUGCACAUCGAGGUGAAGGACUACAUCCCCGCUGCGUUCGCUGAUUUCUCAGAUGCACUCUUCAAUCCAGUGAAGACUUCAAAGCCACCGAAGACAGAGAGUUUAACAUACGUGUGUGAAUAUGAGUUACCUGUUGCUGACGGAGUCCAGAAGUCUGUCACUCCUGCACCUGCUGCAGAACCAAAGGCUGCAGCAGAAGCUCCUGUAUCAUCUGAAGGUGCAGAGAAACCAGCAGAGGGCGACGUCGCACCUCCAGCUGAGGCUCCCAUUGAACAGACUGUACAGACUCCAGCUCCAGAACCAGAACCACCUAAACCUGAACCAGAACCUGAGCCAAAACCAGAGCCACAACCUGAACUCAAACCAGAGCCACAGCCUGAACCCAAACCAGAGGAAAAACCAGAACCAGAGCCUGAACCAGAGCCUGAACCAACAUCAGAAGAAAAUCCAGAUCCAGAACCUGCUGCAGCUACAGAUAAUGUUGUCACAGAGACCAAAGAAUCCAGUGAGGAAACGCCUUCUGAUCCAUCAGAUCCUUCCACUGUGACCUGUGAAGAACUGCAGCAGCACAAGAACUUCCUGAAGGUCUCCAAGAAACAAGAGAAAGACCUGAAAGAAAUGGAGAAGAAGUUCCAGAAGAAACGAGAAGAACUCAUUCAGAAAUACAGCGACCAGUUCAAAGCCAUGAAGAAGAAGAACUCGGCCAAGAAGUCUGAAGGAUCAGACGCAGGUGAUCAGAUGAAUGAACUCAAGCAGAAGCUGAAGUCGGAGCUCAGAGUGCUGCUGGUGGAGCAACACGAUCAACUCAAGAAGAAGAAAGAGCAACACAACACUGAGCGUUUGACCAAACUCUUGGAGAUGGCCACAGAGAAGCACUGCAGUGAGAUGAAGGCACUCAACAGUGAGCCCAAAAAGAAGGACAGAAUGAAGAAAUGCAAGAGUACAGAGCAGCUGGACAAUGAUAACGCUCAGUUGGCAGAUAACAGCAGCGCUGAUGGUUCUCCUCAGGAACAGAGUCUGAAGAAGAAACAGGCCGCCACACUCGCCAACAUCAGAGAGCUGAUCAGUCAGCUCAACAAAGACGCUGUGGCGGAACAUGCUAAGAAGAUGUGGUCGCUGCCCAGCGAUCUGUCCGAGGCCGUGAACUCCUGCGUUAAACCUCAUUUCCCGGAGCAUGUGGACAAGGCCGGCGAGAACCGCUCCGAACACGCGGGACAGUACAGUCACGUUUUCGUUGGAUGAUCAUAACAAUAGAUUAAACCAACUCUAAUGUAAUAUUUACCGUUUUACACGUGUUUAUAUUUUAUGAUAUACUGUGCUCUUUUCUUUGCUGUAAUACACUUUAGCACUCAACCUUACAGAACAAUCAAGUGAAAGUAAGUGUAUAAAAUGAAGGGACAUCUCAUGAAAACUGUCAACAUCACACCAGGGAUGUCAUUCACUCCAAAAUAAAACAUUAAAUGGAAAAAAUAAGAAAUUAAACAUUGCAUGAAGAAAAGUAAGCCUUUAGGAUUUUUUUGCAUUGUGACACAUUUCAGAUCCUGAUCUAAAUGGUCCUAAAGGCUUAAUUUUCUUUUACAUAUAUAUAUAUAUAUAUAUAUAUAUAUAUAUAUAUAUAUAUAUACAUAUAUACAUUUUUCCACCGAUAGCCGAUUAUUCAGAGUGAUAUCUACUGAUAACGAUACUGAUAGUUUGGGGGUUCUGCCUUUUAUACCUUCUUUAAAAUUAAUGAUAAUUUCAUUAUUAUUAAUAAUUAAUCAUUAUAUUUUUAAUUAUUAUCUUUUGAAAGAAAUGCAAAUAAAAACUUUAUUCUCUUCA